GAAAAGCUGUGCUCGCAAUGAAGCCCCAGAGACCAGCUUCACAGCCUGCCUAUGGCAGCACGAGCACACAGCUGUAAUGACGGGUCUCGGCUUGGAUUCCUCGAAAAGUAGUAAAUGCAGUCUCAGUAUUCCAAGCCCUUCCUGAGUUCUUUCUCAUCCCCAUAAUUCCAUUUCAUUGCCUCCUUUUCUUUUCCGCUCACUCCCCAGUCCCCAUGGACAUGGAGAGAUUGAUGCUUUGCUUCACAACUGUAACACCGCACCAGGGAACACUAGCAGCGGCACGCCGAGCUACACGUUUCCGCUAGCACCGCACUACAGAACCUCCAAUGCCAGCUGCCGCUGCGUACAAGUUCCUUUCUUGCUUGGACGCUUCUGCGACUGCGCUCGCUUCUUCUUCAUCUCGCAGUCUCCCUCCCUUCGAGAUCCAUUCCUACCCGUGCUGAGUGCUCACUCUUUCCCUGCGACCAGAGAGAGCACAGAGCAGGGAGAGGCUGAGGCGGGGAGAAGGAGAGACAAAGAACCAUGGGUUCUUGGGUCCUCGCCCUGGCUCUUGCCUUCUUGGUGGGAGCAGCGCAAUGCUCCGAGCCGUGGUGGAACGAGACGCAGGCCUACGGCACCAAAGCCAACGCCGGCGGAAGCAAUGGCGUCUUCGUCGGGCUCACCCUCAUCCACUCCGCAGCGGCCAAUGGAGCCGUGUGCUUGGAUGGAAGCUUACCGGGUUACCACCUGCACCGAGGGUUUGGAUCAGGAGCAAACAGUUGGCUUGUCAAUCUGGAGGGUGGAGGCUGGUGCAAUGAUGUUAAAAGCUGUGUGUUCCGCAAGAGCAGUCGUCGUGGGUCAUCAAAUCACAUGGAGAGGCAACUCCAGUUUACAGGGAUAAUUAGUAAUAGACCUGAGGAGAAUCCUGAUUUCUACAACUGGAAUAGAGUGAAGGUUCGGUACUGUGACGGUGGAUCCUUCACUGGUGAAGGUUCUGAUGCGGGUUCAGGCCUUUAUUUCCGAGGUCAGCGCAUUUGGCAGGCCGCUAUGGAUGAUCUGAUGGCCCAAGGAAUGCGUUAUGCUAAUCAGGCCCUUCUUUCUGGAUGCUCUGCUGGUGGUGUUUCUACCAUACUUCACUGUGAUGAAUUCCGGGGAUUGUUUCCGUCAAAUACCAGAGUCAAGUGUCUUGCUGAUGCUGGAAUGUUUCUUGACACCGUUGAUGUUUCUGGUCAUCGGGAAAUGAGAUCCUUCUUCACUGGCAUUGUGAGAUUGCAAGGUUCUGGAAGAAGCUUGCCUAGGUCUUGUACCUCCCGUAUGGAUAAAACCUCGUGCUUUUUCCCGCAGAACGUGGUGCCAAACAUUCAAACCCCAACUUUUAUUUUGAACACUGCCUAUGACGUGUGGCAGCUUCAACAAAGCGUGGCCCCCAAAACAGCUGACCCCAAAGGUAUAUGGUCAAAAUGUAGGACGAACCAUGCCUUUUGUAAUAGCAAUCAACUUCAGUUUUUACAAGGUUUCAGGAACCAAAUGCUUGACGCCGUGAGGGGUUUCUCUGCGUCAAAGCGAAGCGGUGUAUUCAUCAACUCAUGUUUUGCUCACUGUCAGAGUGAGAGACAGGAUACAUGGUAUGCAAACAACUCCCCACGUCUUGGCAACAAGAGAAUUGCUGAAGCUGUCGGGGAUUGGUUUUUCGAGAGGGGAGAUGCCAAGUACACAGACUGUGCAUAUCCUUGCGAUGGCACCUGCCAUCAUCUUGUGUUCAGGGGAGACCAUUAAGAUUAUUCUUUGACACCAAGGUGGUAAAAAGGUAACCCCAAUGGGUACAAAAUGAAAAUAAGUUAUAGAUAGAGGGUGCAAGUUAUUGGCUUGCCCAUGUUCAUCGCUCGAUAUGAUCAUAUGAUUGAUAGGGCAGGCCCCCCGAUGCGAUUGCGAGGUCGCUGCAUUAAUUUCACAUACCAUGAUAUCAAUUCUUUUCAUUGAACGUAUCCUUGAUCAUAUUCAUGUAUGAAACGUGAUAAAAAAAAUUGAAAUAGUGUGCGUGCAAGAAGUAUAA